AUGGACUCCUAUGUGAUUCAGACGAAUGGCAGCAACAACAAUCUGCCCUCAGUUCUGGAUGUGCAUGUCAACAUUGGGGGGAGGAGCUUGGCGACAGGAAAAAUGAAGGGCAGGAAGGCCAGAUGGUCUGUGAAACCCUCCGACAUGUCCAACAACACUUAUAAUCCCAUCCGGGCCAUUGUGGACAGCAUGAAGGUGAAGCCAAAUCCAAACAAAACCAUGAUUUCUCUGUCAAUUGGAGACCCUACUGUGUUUGGGAACCUGCCUACUGACCCUGAAGUUACCCAAGCAAUGAAAGAUGCCCUGGACUCAGGGAAGUACAAUGGCUAUGCCCCAUCCAUUGGUUAUCUAUCCAGUCGGGAGGUGAUUGCUUCCUAUUACCACUGUCCUGAGGCACCUCUGGAAGCUAAGGAUGUCAUCCUCACAAGUGGCUGCAGCCAGGCUAUUGAACUCUGUUUAGCUGUGUUGGCCAACCCAGGGCAAAACAUCCUUGUUCCAAGGCCUGGUUUUUCUCUGUAUAAGACUUUGGCUGAGUCUAUGGGAAUUGAGGUCAAACUCUACAAUCUAUUGCCAGAGAAAUCUUGGGAAAUUGACCUGAAACAACUAGAAUCUCUCAUUGAUGAAAAAACAGCUUGUCUCAUAGUCAACAACCCAUCAAAUCCCUGUGGAUCAGUGUUUAGCAAGAGUCACCUCCAGAAGAUUUUGUCAGUGGCUGCAAAGCAGUGUGUCCCCAUCUUAGCUGAUGAGAUCUAUGGUGACAUGGUUUUUUCAGAUUGUAAAUAUGAACCAUUGGCCACCCUAAGCACCAAUGUCCCCAUUCUGUCCUGUGGUGGGCUGGCCAAACGUUGGCUGGUUCCUGGCUGGAGGAUGGGCUGGAUCCUUAUCCAUGACCGAAGAAACAUUUUUGGUAAUGAGAUUCGAGAUGGGUUGGUGAAGCUGAGUCAGCGGAUCUUGGGACCCUGCACCAUAGUGCAAGGAGCUCUGAAAAGCAUCUUGCGUCGCACCCCUCAAGAGUUCUACCAAAACACUUUGAGUUUUCUCAAGUCUAAUGCAGACCUCUGCUAUGGGGCACUGGCUGCCAUUCCUGGACUCCAGCCAGUCCGCCCUUCUGGUGCCAUGUACCUCAUGGUUGGAAUUGAGAUGGAACACUUCCCAGAAUUUGAGAAUGACGUGGAGUUCACGGAGCGGUUGGUUGCCGAGCAGUCUGUUCACUGCCUCCCAGCAGCGUGUUUUGAAUACCCAAAUUUCUUCCGAGUGGUAAUCACAGUCCCUGAGGUGAUGAUGCUGGAAGCAUGCAGCCGGAUCCAGGAGUUCUGUGAGCAGCACUAUCACUGUGCUGAAGGGAGCCAGGAGGAGUGUGACAAAUAA